GGUCAUCGCAACGGGUUCCUCAGACGUGGUGUCCUUCAUCGUGACACCAGCGACGGGAACACACUAUUUUACAUCCCAGAGUUUGAUCCAAAAUGUGCAGUGCCCAUACGACCCGAGGGUGCACCCAAGGAGUGGAUGCCUAUGAGAUAUGGGAUGGCAUCUGAUUGGGGAUCAGGUGCUGACUGGCGUAACCGUGAAGAGUGGAUGAAUACACUGAGACACACGGGCACUCUACCCUUUGCAGCCAACGAGAUCCUGGAUGAAAAGAAGGAUCAUGCGGCGGCCUACGAUCUCCAGUCAUUCUUCUGGCUCGCUUACCUGUUGUGUUUUAACUGCCAGGGAGUGACAUGUCACAUCCCAUGA